AUGUCAGGCUCAUUUUGGAAGUUUGGGCAGAAUAAUACCGCUGAAUCACCGUUGUCCAAGCUUCUGAAUCAGGCGUUUCUUAAGGUAAAAGGAAGCGAUACAAGUGAGAAACAGGAAAAUCAGGAUAGAGAUAUAAAUACAAGAGCUAAAGAGGACGAGUGGGAUGUGACAAGUACACAUCGAGAUGAUCUCAUUGAAAGAGAACCGGAUAACUCGAUAGGAUCGUUGCCUGAUUCAGAAUCGGAUUACAAAGAUUACGCACCUAAUUUAGGUGUGUUAGAUGAACUUCUGGACGAUGAAGAAUUGUACACAGAGCUUAUGUGCUCUAAUUUCAAGCUACUGAUAUAUUUCAAGUAUCCUGAGGUGCUGGCAAAACUAGUCGAUUACGUGACUAACGAACACGUUAUGAACGAGGGGCUAGACGACGCGAGCGACGACGCGAACAAUAAUGAAGAAAAAGAAGAGACAGACAAAGAAGUGGAAAACAGUUCUCAAGAGGCUCUCCAGAACGGGCAUGGCACGACUGAUAAGGAUGUUGACCAGAGCCAGAAGUCUGAAGCCGCGGUUGUAGACAAAUACAGCUCAGAGAAAGAAGCGAUUUCAGAUCAGUUGUCAGAAUCUUCAAACGAGACGGGUAUCACACUGCCACCGGAAUCCGAGGAACAAGUUGAAUCGCGUCGUGCUCGCAUGGCGGCCGAAAUCCUGUCUGCGGACGUCUGGCCCAUCUCUUCUGCAUUCAUGGAUCACGAGGACCUACUCAGUAGACUAUGGGCCAUGUUGGAUCAUUCAUCGCCUCUUUCCAUCGUGGCGUCUACUUAUUUCAUGAAAAUUAACGAACGUUUGUUGGAUAUGGACAUUGCUGGCAUGUUGCAUUUCAUUUUAUCACAAGACGCAUUGGUUGAUAGAUUUUUAAGGCAUAUUGACAACCCACCUUUAAUGGAUUUUUUGUUGAAAGUCAUUUCGACGGAUAAACCGGAUAAUUCUACCGGUGUCAUUGAUAAACUGAAAUUUCAAAAUCUCAUAUCCAAGCUUCUGGAUUACCUGUCACCGGAGCAUUCUUCGUCAACAAAAUCGGCUGCAGGUGAUUUUCUCAAAGCAUUGAUAACAAUCAGUGCAAAUUCCAAUAAUGAAAUAGCAUCUGCCAUCGGACCUAAUGAACUUACAAGGGAGCUGGUUUCACCUAAAAUGGUGGAAAAAUUGAUAAAUAUCAUGUUGAAUGGUGGUACUUCCCUUAGUAAUGGGGUGGGCAUAAUAAUUGAAUUAAUACGGAAGAACAAUUCAGACUAUGAUUUUGUGCAGGUGAUGUACACCUCUUUGGAAACUCAUCCACCUUGCAGUCGGGAUCCAAUUUACUUGGGGUACCUAGUAAAAUCGGCCGCCCAACACCUUCCUGAUUUUAAUCGAAUGCUUUUGGAAACCAAGCUACCUCCCCUUGAGACCCCGUUUGGGUCGAUUGAGCCGCUUGGCUUUGAAAGAUUCAAAAUCUGUGAGUUAGUCGCGGAGUUGCUGCAUUGUUCCAAUAUGACGCUACUCAAUGAGGCCAAUGGUGAACAAAUUGUGACAGAGAGGGAUAGAGUGCGCGAAAGAAGCUCUGAGCAAGACAAGACAGAAGAAGCCAAACCUCUUGAUCACUUUCAAGUGGAUGAUGAAAAUUUGAAUGAAAGAAUGGCGGAGCUGGCGUUGGCUGCUAGCGAAUCAAAUCAGAAUGAUGAGGGCUUAAAGGGCAUUGAAGGUGAAGAAAAUUCCGCGAGAGAAAUACAUUCUGAAGACUCUUCGGACUCUGAAGUACCUGAAAAAAUUUUGAGGGAUAGUCCAGUGGUGGGAGAUCAACUGAAGAUCACGCUGCAAGACACACACAUCAUAACCACGAUAUUACAAAUGUUUUUCAAAUUCCCUUGGAAUAACUUUUUGCAUAAUGUUGUUUUUGACAUUGUACAACAGAUUUUUAAUGGCCCAUUGAAAAACGGGUUUAAUCGCUUUCUCAUUGGAAGCUUGUUUGCCGAAGCCCAUAUCACAGAAAUGAUCAUUGAAGGAGACAAAAAAUGUGAAGACUUUGAUAAUGAGACUGGAUUGAGGCUGGGAUACAUGGGCCAUUUAACCUUGAUCGCGGAAGAAGUGGCGAAGUUCGCCGCAUAUAUCGACGAGAUGAAAAUCAGUUUCAGCAAUCAGGACAUUGCCGACAGUUUGAACAAGCCAUCUUGGAAAGAAUAUACAGAAACGGUUCUUGCGGAUACUCGUGAAAAUUACAGCACAGUGCUAGGUGAUUUUGGUGAUGAUGACGAUGAAGAAGAGAGAGAGGAUUUGGAAGACGAAGGGAAAUUCGAGCCCAAGGAUUCCGUUGCAGACAACGAUUUGGGGUCGUAUGUUACUUUCGAGCCGGAUCGUGCCAAUGAGGAAGAAUACGCUGAGUACAGCGAUUUGGAUUCUCCUAGAUACUACGAAUAUGAUGAUAAUCAAGGCAACAAGGCAACUGUGCAUUUGAAUCCGAACGCAGGUCGCAGCGAGGGUUCACACACGCUGUCUCCUGGUUACGAUCAGGAAGAAGUCGACGAGGACCAAGGCAGAGAGCAAAAGGACAAAUUUAGUAGUUACAUGUCGCAUCAACUUUCAAAGGACUACAGCACAUCUUCUUCUUCAGACGAUGACGAAGAAGACGCGUGGGGCACGAGCAUGUCUGCGAGCCCUGGUGCUUUCCAAGGCGCGUCGCCCGAAAGCGAGGGCCCUAGAAACAGGACAGCGACUGGGUCCAACAGUUUCCAAGCACCACAGUUCGAACUCCAGGACGACGAUGAUGACUACAUGGACCCAAACGACGAUGGACAAUCCUAUGCAAAGCCCAACCACCCUCUUUACAACAGCAUCUUAACCAAUCGCUCGGCACCGUCUUAUUUUGAUCAACAGGAGGUAGAUCUCAUGAACGACAGUGACGACAGCGAUAAUGACGACCCCUCAGCCGAACAAGAAGAAGAAGAAGAGGAAGAAGAAGAAGAAGAUUACCCCGACGAUGAUGAUGACGAAUACUCGUUGUGUCGAACCUCCAGCAAAGAUAACAUGUCAUGGAACGACGAUAAAAAAAACAACAUAAUAGAUAUCGCCAACUACAGGCAGUCCCAACGGGACCAAAAUGAUGGCUAA